AGCGGAACAACCCCAGGCGGCUCCAGUCAUUGGGGCACAAUCCGGGCAAGGCGUUGUAAAGUCGAGCGGCUUACGAGUAAACAUCACAUAGUGCGGCUCCAAGAUGGCGAAGUCCGAAGCACCGAUCUUCAGACAACUGUUUGAGUCACAGAGCUGCACUUACACCUACCUGCUAGCAGACAAAAACACCAGAGAUGCGGUCAUCAUUGAUCCUGUGCUGGAGACCCUGGACAGAGACGUGAAGCUUGUGCAGGAGCUGGGCCUCAAUCUAAAAGUCGCAGUUAACACUCACUGCCAUGCAGACCACAUUACCAGCACUGGGUUGAUGAAGAAAAAAAUCGAGGGACUGAAGAGCGCCAUCUCUAAACACAGCGGUGCCUCUGCAGAUAUUCAGCUGUCAGAGGGGGAGGAGAUCACCUUCGGCAAACAUCAUCUGACUGUGAGAGAAACACCGGGACACACCAACGGGUGUGUAACCCUGGUGUUGGGCGAUGAGAGCAUGGCUUUCACCGGGGACGCUCUGCUCAUCAGAGGCUGUGGCAGAACAGACUUCCAGCAGGGUUCUCCUAGGAGGCUUUACCAGUCAGUCCACGAGGUCAUCUUCAAGCUGCCUGAACACUGCCUCCUCUACCCGGCACACGACUACAAAGGUCAGACAGUUACUACGGUCGGUGAGGAACGCAAGUACAACCCCCGUCUAACUAAGAACUUGGAGGAGUUUGUGAAUAUCAUGGACAACCUGAAUCUCCCCAACCCAAAGAAAAUUGAUAUCGCAGUGCCUGCCAACCUAGUUUGUGGAUUGCACGAUUUGUGAGGGCCCAGCGGAACGAAGCACUCUAAUAAAUCCAGUGGCAUGACUCUAAAGUGACUCAUGUUCACUUGUUUUACCAACACUAAGCUUUAUUUCAUUUUAACUUCAUCUGUUGUUGAAGUAGUUGAUGUUAUUGACAGUGAUUCUGUGUUAGGGUUAAAUGCUGAUGCUUAUGUUCAGUGUUGUGUGUUGGAGUAAUGAAAAGACUCGACCAUUUGUGCUUUUAUUGGUGGUUUGUUUUAUUAUUUGCUAUACGUUUUACCAAUUCAACCGACUUCUUCCACGUGGCCUUUUCAGUGAAUGUAGACUCUUAGCCUAGCAUAGGACACACAACUAUACACUCACCGUAUGCAGAUCUGUUCACAGCCAGGGCCUCUUUGCAUAGCAGGAAAAUAAAUCUACCAUUUGCAUUCAGCGUCUAUGAGGAACUUGUUUCUACUGUAUUUGCGCCAUUUGACAAUAUGCCAUGGCCAUGUGGCUUUUCUUUUUAGAAACUUGCACGCACAGAAGCCUCUGUACGUGGUCAGCUACAGUCUCAUUUUGUAUUUCAAGAUGUUAUGUAGCAGUUAAAUGUAUUUACAUUCUUCCACUAUAUUUGUCAGCUACAAGCUGACCUGGUGCCUUUGUAACUGGAGCCGAAUAGGUGCAAUUAUUUUAAACUGAACUAAUCUGGUAUGUUUUAGCACUUGUUUACCUGAAUGCUGUGUGUUUUGCUGUGUACCUUUUUCUUAUGAAUAAAGCACAUUGAAUUUCAUAUAAAUCAACCAAA